AACGCCGAAGAAAAUGCCACAUCCCCUAGCAUUGAGUCACCAAAAAGUGAGGACUUAAAGGUACCAGAAGCGGUAACAAACGGUGAUGCUCCUGCUGAUGAUACCGCUAAACCAACUGAUACACCGACCACUGUGGAAGAACCAGAAAAACCUGUUGAGGAACCAAAAGCCGAGGAGCCCAAAGCUGCUGAAAUAGAAGAACCUAAAGUUCCCGAACCCAUCGUUGAAAAAUCCGUCGAAUCCGCUCCUUCUCCUGCCAAGGAACAGGAGGAACCUAAAUCUGUAGAACCACCAACUCCUGUUGAGGAGACCAAAGAGGUGCGUAGCGAGGAGAUCCCCCCUCCCUUGCCAUCCUCUAAUCCUCCAUCCCCGGUGACGGUAUUCGCUGAAUCCACUAAAGCAGACUCUCUAACUGCUGAUCAAGUACCCAUCAAUUUGCCCCAAUCUGUUCCUGUUGUAGAAACAAUUCCAGAACCGUCAGUUGUACAGUCGGUCCUUGAGUCUCAGCCCUUGGCAGCUUCUUCACCUGUAAUCAACACUGUUUGCGAAAACCCUGCAGUGUUAGAAACGAAAAUAGAGUCUGUAUCUCAACAAAAUGAUGAAAAAUCAUCUCUAGAAACCGUUUCUGUCCCCGAGCCUUUGCAAAAAGAUAAUACUGAAACCUUUAGAAAUGAUCAAGCAUCCGAACAAAUUUCUGAUUCCUCCAAAACUGAAAUUUCAAAGACCCCUGAAUGCGCAACUGAUCCUUCAGCCCCUAUUGAAGUUUCUCCUGAUGCACCUAAAUCCUCUGAAAUAGAUUUGAUUCCGUCACAAGAAACAGAAACGUCUCCUAAAUCAGAUAAAAUCCCUGAGGAGGUUACCAAGUCUGAAGUGAUAGAAAAUCUUCCUGAAAAUGCAACAGAAUCUAAACAAGAAACAGUAAUUUCUCCUGAGUCUGUCAAAACGGUAUCAGAGUCCCAAAAAGAGAAUGAGCCUGAACCUGUCUCAGAACCUACCGAAACUAAUCAAUUAGUUACUGAAAAGAAUGAGUCAACUUUGCAUGUUGAGGCAGCUGAAAUUACAAAAGAGGAGAAACUACCAGACGUUUCUAUGCAGGCUACCACCAUAGAAGAAGUGUCGAAGGAAACUUUAGAAGCCCCUGAAUCACUAACAGAAUCUCCAGGAGUAUCUGUCAAUAUUGGUGGAGCACAACUAGCCACAGAAAAUUCUGAAAAACCUGAAGAAGAAACAAUAGAGGAUGCAGUGAAAUCAAUAAAAUCUCCAGAUGUUUCCAAUGAAGUAAUUGAAACUUCUGAAGUGCUCUUGGAUCCCUCUAAACCUAAGGAAACAGUAGUAGUAGAAGAAAAACCAGAGAUUCUUCAGGAAACUCCAAAAGAUUUUAAAGAAACCGUUACAGAAUCAGCCGAACAAUCUUCUGAUAUUCCGGAGGAGUCUGCGAAGUUACCUGAACCUUCACAAUCUCCCGAAACGUGUCUGACGGAACCUCCAGUGGAGCCCUCACUUCCUAGUCCUUUAUCUUCGACUGAUGUAGUUCAAGAAUCUUCCACCCCAGUCCCUGAAAAUAUUCCAGGACCAGUUGUUACUUCACCAGAAUCUCAAUCCCCAACGAUAGAGCAGCUUCCAGAAUCUGUAGUUAAUCCUGCAGAUUCUUUGCCCGAUAUUUCAACAGAGUCAUUACCUUCACUUCCUGAACCUCUUUCUGAAAAUUUGGCGGAACCGAUGUCUUUACCUCCUGUGGAUUCAGUUCCCGAACCCAUAGCAACUGACUGUCCUGUUUCUGAAAUUUCCCAUCCCUCCGACAGUACAGUUCUCACAAACGGAAACGCCAAUGGACUGCCGUCACCAACUGAUGAGGUUUCAGCGCUGCCGCUGAAAGAAGGACCACUGAAACAGGUUCCUACUGAAACUUCAAAUGAAGUACGACAAGAAGAGGGAGAUCAGAAGAUUAUUGCUGUGGAUGCACCAGCAGUUGAGGAAUAAGACUUCUCUUUGAAAAAAAUGUUUCUUUUUUACAUGCAUUACAUGGACUCUAUGAAAGGUUAGAAAGAAAUAAAAAAAAUAAUGUUGAUCAUUCCUGGCAGUGAACAAAUUUCUGACCGAACAGGAAGCAAAUGAAACUGCCAUUAAAAUUAGAACCUAGAAUCUAUGAAUGUCCAACGCGCAACAUAAAAAAUGUAAUUGAGAAGUUUUAAUACUCCUAUAUUGAAAUAUUUUAUAUUGUCUUUAGUAGAAGUCUUCGGACAGUUUUUAUAUGUCGUUCAAUCGACUUUUUUAUCGUAUACAAUUGUAAAAUAAAAGAGUUAGCAUAGUUUUUAGUAUUUUUUAGGUGAGCUCAUUAAUUUUCCCCUUUGAAAAAUCCAUGUAUUUUUGUCACAUUGAUUAUUAAAGAAGUCAUAAUUAGUUAUCAAUUAUUGAUUUAUCAUAUCUGUAAUUAUUCGGUUUUAUUUUAGUGUUUUCUUUAGAUUAGAGACAUAUCUUAUGCAUGAGAAGGAGAACGUUAAAGCUAGCUCGGUGGUUUCGAAGUGUGAGUUCAAUGUUUCAAAAGGAUUUGUAGAAAAAAUCGGGCAUUAUUUAACAUAAAGUGAAUCGUAAUUUUGUCUGUAUAAAAAUUAUUACCACUCAGAAUAUUUUCCAAUUAUGGAUGUGUAGAAUAGCAGAUAAUCGGCUGUCUUAUAAUAAGUAUACAGUGUGACUUCGUGUAUUUUCUGCUUCAGGCAGCUAACUCACCCUUGUUUGAUAUUUUUCUUUGGUGGUACAGUAUCACUUUUCUUCAGGAACUCCAUCAUCAAUAGAUGUUCAACUUGGAUAAAAUAUUUGACAUAAUAAACAAAUAAUUUUUCUGUGACUUUUUUAGUUUUAUAUUGUGAUGAUUGAAAGUUUUUGAAAAUCAAUUUGUGUAUAUGUUCAACUCCAAAAAGAAUACUUCAUCUUCAUGGUACUGUAAUUUUUAUCCAACUACAAAUUCAUUUUGAAAAAUAGCGAACGACUGUGUGGUUUGAAUAAAAUGUAUAAUAUUAGUUGGUUUUGAAAUUGAAACAAAUUCCAAGUUUUGUACAUUACACAACGAAAAUUGAUUUUAACUGAUGUUUGGUAUCUCAAAAUUUUAAUAUGUUAGCAUAGUUUUUUAAGUGAGGAAUCUAGUUUCGAUUUUACCAACUUGAAACUGUAUUCUGUAUUCAUCUGUGUCCACAGCUCUUUGAUAUUUCGCAAUUAUUGUAUCCACCGACUUAUCAAAACGGCUGUGUGUAGGUAUAAAACGAUUAUCGAUAAUAAAUUCUCUUCGUGUAUGUGUGAAUGUGUUUAUAAUAUAAAUAUACAAUUAGGAUGUUUCCUA